GUAAGCAGUGUGGGACAUACAUUCAUAAAGUAUGAAAAGUAGAACAGUGAAGACCAACUUAUUUAUUAUUUAAAUGAUUUCAUAUUGACGUGUUACGGAUUUAAUUGCUCAUAAUAUUGGGUGUAAGUUUUAGCGCAAUUCCAUUUUUGUGCGCUAUUUAAAUAUACAUGUUUCGCGACGUAAGAAGGCGUCAGUGAUUUUAUUAUUACUAUCAGUAGUAGCAUAACACUAGUAGCGUGCUUGUAUAGAAAUCGCACAACUUUGGAGUUAGUUUUGCAAACCCGGAAUAGAAGUUUUCUUUUAGGCUCCCAGCGAGUUGGGAACUAGAUUUUGUGGCAAAGCCUAACAUGGAUCUAAUUAAAAUGGAACCUAAUACGGAUGGUGAGAUACAACCAACGUUCUUUGUCAGUGAUGUUAAAGAGGAGCAGAAUUGUUUAACACUCCUGAAGGCCGAAGGUUUGCACAGCAUGCAGUUAAUCAAUUUAGAAUGUGAUUCAAACAGUGGCGUCUAUGAGCUGGCUUCCAUUUGUGAUGUAACAAGGGAUCGCCCUCAUAUAGCAGUACCUAUUAUAUUUGCUCCAAUCAAAACUGAAACCCAGGAGGAAGGUAGUACAAGUGCUAGAGAAUGGACCGAUAAAAUGCAAUCACAGGACAGAGUGGAGCAACUUGUCAUUCCGCUGGAUGAUGUUCCCGAAAGCAGCUCUUCAGGGAGACUUGAUUCAGGUGGCAACUAUCAGCAGCAGGGAUACUUCAUAUACAACUUACAUAGUGGGGAUGGAGGUGAGGUGUUGAGCAGCCAGCCAGGUGGUGUUUCUGAAGGCAUUCCUUCAGUGAAACUUGACUCAAAUAUUGACCGCCAACAGGGGCAUCUAACAUGUGACUUGAGUAACGGGAAUGGAGAGAAACCAGAUGACAUUCCAGAAGGUAGAUCUUCAGCACAACUUAACUCAAAUGUCAACUGCCAACAGGAAUAUGUGACAUGUGAUGUGUGUAAUGGGUCUGGAUAUUUAAUGCAUGGAUUACCUGUUACUAGAAAGAUAAAUCGGUGUUAGUGUUCUGUGAUACUGAUGUCAGUUCUGUUGGCUCUUAUAGACAUUGUAAUUCUCUUGAGAUGACAUGUUAGUCCCCCCUUGGAACUGUAUGAGGGAAAUCAGAAAUAUUGUUUUUUUAAGUCUCAUGAUGACAGUGUAAUGAUAGAAGAAAAUACACUUCAAAAUGUAAAUAGAUCAUA